AUGGCCUACAAAACCCCUAUUGGUACUUCUCCGUAUCGGCUAGUCUUUGGUAAAGCAUGUCAUCUACCCGUGGAAUUGGAACACAAAGCUAUGUGGGCUUUGAAAAGGCUGAACUUAGAUUGGGUUGAAGCUACAAAUUUGAGGGUAACACAACUCAAUGAAAUGGAGGAAUUCCGAUUCCAUGCUUAUGAAAGUGCAGCUGUGUACAAAGAACGGAUGAAGUUUGUCCAUGACAAGAAGAUCUUGAAAGAGAGUUCAAGACGGCUUAAAUCAAAAUGGUCCUGUCCAUUCAAAGUGGUUAAUGCCUCUCCUUAUGGAGCGGUGGAAUUAGAAUCAACAGAUGGGUCCCGGACAUUCAAGGUAAAUGGCCAAUGCAUCAAGCAGUACUUGGGCACUGAUGGAGAAAAACAUUUGGAGGAGCAGCUGGCUCACAAAUAUGGCCCAUGCCCGACCAUUGAGUGA